UAUCUACUAUUUAUCCUCUCUCCCUCUCUUCAACAUGGCCGUCGGCGUGGUGCUCGUUUUGUGCAGUGUCUUAGCGAUUCUCUCCACGGUUCAGGGUGGAGGAAAGACACUAGUUUUACUGGAUUCAGCGGGCUUAAAGGAAUCUCACUCGAUAUUUUUCAAGUCGUUGCAAGACCGUGGGUUUGAUUUAACCUUUAAAACAGCAGAUGACCCUGGUCUAAAGCUCUCCAAUUACGGGGAAUAUAUUUAUGAGCAUUUAGUGCUGUUCUGCCCAUCAGUAGAAGAGUUUGGAGGUCAGAUCGCAGAGGGGUCAAUCACUGAGUUUAUUGAUGCUGGCGGAAAUGUGCUGGUGGCUGCAAGCUCGGAUAUAGGUGAACCAAUCAGGGAGCUGGGCACAGAAUGCGGAGUUGAUUUUGACGAGGAAGGAACAGCCGUCAUCGACCAUCUCAACUACGACGUCAGCGAUGAAGGACUGCACACUCUGGUAGUGGCCGAUCCUGCCAAUCUGAUUGAGUCCCCAACCAUGGUUGGCUCCCAGAGGUCUCUGCCAAUCCUCUUCAGUGGAGUUGGCAUGACUGCAGACCCAGACAACCCCCUGGUCCUGGACGUCCUGCACGGCGCAUCCUCCGCCUACUCCCACAACCCUACCAAGGACGUGACGGACUACCCCCACGCCGUGGGCACCAACACCCUGCUGCUGGCGGCCCUGCAGGCCCGCAACAACGCCCGGGUGGUCUUCAGCGGCUCCCUGGACAUGUUUAGCGAUCGGUUCUUUCAGGCCUCAGUGCAGAAGGCCGCCCCGGGAUCCCCCAAAUCGGGUCGCUCGGGCAACCAGGAGCUAGCUUUGGCCCUGUCCGGCUGGGUGUUCAAGGAGAAAGGAGUGCUCCGCGUCCAGCGUGUCUCUCAUCACCUUGUCAACGAGAAGAACACCCCUGCUGCCUACACGGUGGAGGAUCAAGUGGAGUACAACAUUUGGAUCGACAUCCUAGUGGACGGUAAGUGGGAGCCCUUCUCAGCCACUGAUGUCCAGCUGGAGUUUGUGCGCAUCGACCCCUUCAUCCGGACCAAACUGACCAGCAAGAAUGGCAAGUUCUCCACCCAGUUCAAGUUGCCCGACGUGUACGGCGUGUUCCAGUUCAAGGUGGACUACAAUCGCAUCGGUUACACCCAUCUGUACAGCACAACUCAGGUUUCUGUCCGGCCGUGGGAGCACACCCAGUUUGAGCGUUUCAUCCCCUCGGCAUUCCCCUACUACGCCAGUAGCUUCUCCAUGAUGUUCGGUCUCUUCUUAUUCAGCCUCAUCUUCCUCCAUCAUCGGGAGGACACCAAGGCCAAGAAGGAGUGAUGCUUCUAUUGCGCCGGACUUUCUGGAGAUUUUAUUCUUAUUUCACGGUGAAAAAUUCUUUUCUGUUUUGGGAUUCAUUUUUUGAUGUGUGGAAGGGAAAAGGACAUCCUCCAAAUAUGUAAUUCCAUUUGCACGGCAGGAGUGAAAUGUAUCAAAUCUCACGAACAAUUAUCUGGAAAUUGAGAACCAGUCUGGCGGGCACUGUCAGACACGUUGGCGGGCAAUGCGAGUCUGGUCAGCAUGCCCACUUCUGCCCAAUUAAUUUUCAUGCCAACUAGAUGUGCCGACACUUGACCAACCUGCUUGUGAAAAAUUGAUACUCCUCUUCUGCAGUCAAUCCGUUAAGAACAGAAAAAGAGAGGAUGAACCCUUGUUUAGGGAACGUUUCAAAAUUACAGAAGGCGGUAUUUACUGCGGUACCGCUGUAUUUUUGCGGUACCAGCAUUAAGCCCUUUCGGGUAACUAGUGCAGUGCCGCUAAAAAAAACAGCGGUACCGCAGUAAAUACCGCCUUCAACAAUCAUGAAACGCUCCCGUACCAAAAAUCCUCACGCUUUCAGGUAUCUUGUGCAAACCUGCCCGUGUCGUGUCAUAAGGGAUACUCUUUUGAACUUGGACAUCCUUUCAUACUUAUUU